UUUUUCCCCUCCCUCCCCUCCGCGGCUAGUGAGUGCGCGAACGAGAAAGGAGGAGGGCUCUCCAGGCGAAAGAGCUGCAGACGCCAUUAUCCUCUGUUUCUCUGCUGCUGCAACCUCGACGUCUUACCUACGUCCCGCUUUCUUGCGGCCUAUAGGCUACUGCAGCACUAGGGUGUCAGUUGGUCCCGCCCAGAACUUCAGUUCUGCUCUGCAAGGAUAUAUAAUACCUGAUUGGUGUGUCCAUUUAAUAUAAGAAAAUGGAAACUGAACAGCCAGAGGAAACCUUCCCCAACACCGAAACCAAUGGUGAAUUUGGUAAACGCCCUGCAGAAGAUAUGGAAGAGGAACAAGCUUUUAAAAGAUCUAGAAACACUGAUGAGAUGGUUGAAUUACGCAUUUUGCUUCAGAGCAAGAAUGCUGGGGCAGUGAUUGGAAAAGGAGGCAAGAAUAUUAAGGCUCUCCGUACAGACUACAAUGCCAGUGUUUCAGUCCCAGACAGCAGUGGCCCCGAGCGCAUAUUGAGUAUCAGUGCUGAUAUUGAAACAAUUGGAGAAAUUCUGAAGAAAAUCAUCCCUACCUUGGAAGAGGGCCUGCAGUUGCCAUCACCCACUGCAACCAGCCAGCUCCCGCUCGAAUCUGAUGCUGUGGAAUGCUUAAAUUACCAGCACUAUAAAGGAAGUGACUUUGACUGCGAGUUGAGACUGCUGAUUCAUCAGAGUCUGGCAGGAGGAAUUAUUGGGGUCAAAGGUGCUAAAAUCAAAGAACUUCGAGAGAACACACAGACAACAAUCAAGCUUUUCCAGGAAUGCUGUCCUCAUUCCACUGACAGAGUCGUGCUUAUUGGAGGAAAACCUGAUAGGGUUGUAGAGUGCAUCAAGAUCAUUCUUGAUCUUAUAUCAGAGUCUCCCAUCAAAGGACGUGCACAGCCUUAUGAUCCCAAUUUUUACGAUGAAACCUACGAUUAUGGUGGUUUUACAAUGAUGUUUGAUGACCGCCGUGGGCGCCCUGUGGGAUUUCCCAUGCGGGGAAGAGGUGGUUUUGACAGAAUGCCUCCUGGCCGGGGUGGGCGUCCUAUGCCUCCAUCUAGAAGAGAUUAUGAUGAUAUGAGCCCUCGUCGGGGACCUCCACCUCCUCCUCCUGGACGAGGUGGCCGGGGUGGUAGCAGAGCUCGGAAUCUUCCUCUUCCUCCACCACCACCACCUAGAGGAGGAGAUCUAAUGGCCUAUGACAGAAGAGGAAGACCUGGAGACCGCUACGAUGGCAUGGUUGGUUUCAGUGCCGACGAGACUUGGGACUCUGCAAUAGAUACAUGGAGCCCAUCAGAAUGGCAGAUGGCUUAUGAACCACAGGGUGGCUCCGGAUAUGAUUAUUCCUAUGCAGGGGGUCGUGGCUCAUAUGGUGAUCUUGGUGGACCUAUUAUUACUACACAAGUAACUAUUCCCAAAGAUUUGGCUGGAUCUAUUAUUGGCAAAGGUGGUCAGCGGAUUAAACAAAUCCGUCAUGAGUCAGGAGCUUCGAUCAAAAUUGACGAACCUCUAGAAGGGUCUGAAGAUCGGAUCAUUACCAUUACAGGAACACAGGACCAGAUACAGAAUGCACAGUAUUUGCUGCAGAACAGUGUGAAGCAGUAUGCAGAUGUUGAAGGAUUCUAAUGCAAGAUAUUUUUUCUUUUUUAUAGUGUGAAGCAGUAUUCUGGAAAGUUUUUCUAAGACUAGUGAAGAACUGAAGGAGUCCUGCAUCUUUUUUUUUUUAUCUGCUUCUGUUUAAAAAGCCAACAUUCCUCUGCUUCAUAGGUGUUCUGCAUUUGAGGUGUAGUGAAAUCUUUGCUGUUCACCAGAUGUAAUGUUUUAGUUCCUUAAAAACAGGGUGGGGGGGGGAAGGGCGUGCAAAAACUAACAUUGAAAUUUUGAAACAGCAGCAGAGUGAGUGAAUUUUAAUUUUUGUUCAUUGUUGGUGGUUUAAAAGAAAAAAUUCCCCCCAUGUAAUUAUUGUGAACACUUUGCUUUGUGGUCACUGUAACAUUUUGGGGGGGGUGGGACAGGGAGGAAAAGUAACAAUAGUCCAUUUGUCCCUGGCAUCUAUUCAGAGCAGUGUGCAGAAUGUAAUGCUCUUUUGUAAGAAACGUUUUAUGAUUUUUAAAAUAAAUUUAGUGAACCUA